AAAUAUUUGACGUUUUGAACCUAUCUAUCAAAAGUUACAAAUAAAUUUUAACAAACAUUUUAAAUAAGAAACUCAACUUGCAAGUACUAUCCUACAUUAUUUGAAAAAGAUGUCUAAAGAAUAGAAGAUGGAGAGUAAACUUAGAAAAUGGAGAACUAAACGAGACUUUAUAAAACUGCUACAAUCUCGUGAAAACAAUGCCGAAACCUCCAAAUUUUUCAAACAACAUUCACAAUUUACAGACAGUUUGAUAAAGCGGCUUGGUUUGGAAUUUGAAUUAGAAGGUCACCAAGGUUGUGUUAAUUGUCUAGAGUGGACCCCAAAUGGACAACAUUUAGCAUCUGGUUCUGACGAUACAAAUGUCAUAUUAUGGGAUCCUUUUAGACAUAAGAAAUUACAUGUAAUACCAACACAUCAUAUUGGAAAUAUUUUCUCCGUUAAGUUUUUAGGAACUUCUUGUUCUGAAUUAGCAACAGCUUCUGGAGAUUGUAGAGUUCUUGUACAGUCCAUACCUACAGCUAUAGCUAAAGGACCUCCAAUUCUUGAAUGCAGCUGUCAUGUUAAUAGAGUAAAAAGGUUGGCAACUUCUCCAGUUGAACCGUCUUUGUUCUGGUCUGCAGCUGAAGAUGGACUCAUUAUUCAAUAUGAUCUAAGAGAACAACAUGAUUGUUCUUUAUCACAAAUAAAAGUUUUAAUUGACCUUAGCGAUAAUUUUGGAGAAGUAAAAUGCAUAGCAGUUAAUCCAACAAAACCACACUACAUUGCAGUUGGGGCAAAUGACUGCUACAUUAGAUUAUAUGAUAGAAGAAUGUUAAGACCAUAUAUUCUCAAACAUGAGCGUAAUCAUUUUAAUUUCCGUAUUGAUUAUGGCAGUAGUAAGACACCUAAAAAGGAAAUGGAAACAGAAAAUUGUGUUCAAUAUUAUGCUCCGGGCCAUUUGGCAGUUGAAAAUGCAAGUGUUAGUAGCUUCAAAUUAGCUGUUACUAACAUAUCUUUCAAUUCUGCUGGGUCCGAAAUGUUGGCCAAUAUGGGAGGUGAACAAAUUUAUCUAUUUGACAUUAAUAAUUCUAGGCAUAUAAAAGAUAUUCAGGUGCCUCAGUUUUUCAAUAAGAAACAGUUGCCUGUAUGCAAUCAGUGUUACAAUUUGGAAGGAAAUGUUUUUCUAAAUAAACCUAAAAUAAAUCAGUUUCCUGAGGAAAAUUGCGUUUGUUUUUAUAUAGACAGAGCAAAUCAGUGUAUUAAACGAAAAUGGAUGGGUGAUUUGUAUAAUGCUGCACGAGACUUUUUACAUGUAAUUCAAAAUUGGCCUAGCAAAUUGCAGGCUUAUGUAGGCCUAAUAGAAUGUCUUUUAGAACUGAAAUGGACAGCUGAAGCUAAAAAAUGGUUGGAUUAUUUUUCAGCUUUACCAGAAAAUAGUAAUAAUCCACAGAUAAAUUUGUUACAAGUGAAACUGGAAAAGCUCUUUGCCUCCAGUCAACCCAAAGAAAAAGACAUGGACGUUUCAGAAGAUAAAGAUAGAUAUUUUAGAAAAGUAGAUGAAAAUGAACAAAAGAAAAGGUUGGAAUCUUUAGAUUUUGAAAAGAGAUUUUUAGGCCAUUGUAACACUACGACUGAUAUCAAGGAAGCUAGUUUCUUAGGUGAUGACGGAAAUUAUGUAUGCGCUGGAUCAGAUGAAGGAAUAAUUUUCAUUUGGGAAAGAAAAAAAUCUAAAAUUGUAACGGCUUUAUUUGGAGACGUAUCCAUAGUUAACUGUAUUCAACCACAUCCCAGUGCCUGUUUUAUAGCUUCCAGUGGCAUAGACUCAGGUGUCAAACUCUGGUCUCCACUUCCAGAACUUGACGAUUUUGUAAAUCCUCGUGUAGUAACCGACGUUCAAGCAGUGGUAGAAGCGAAUCAGAAUAGAAUGGCGAUGGACCCUUUGGAAUCUAUGUUAGUUAACAUGGGAUAUACCAUUCCGGGAGUACACAUGUCUAAUGAGGUACCUUCUUGUCAGACAUGUUAGUUGUGGUUCAUUGUUCGCUCAUAUAAUAUAUAAAUAUACAAAGAAGGAUGCUUUGCAGAAAGUUGUCUUUUAAUAUAAAUAACACAUAUUUCUUUUUUAUUUAUAUGGUUAAAUUUCACAUUUUUAUAGUGAGAUGUAAUAUUAAAAAUCUUUUAAUUCCCGAGUGUGUUUGAACACGUUCAUUGUCUUUGAUGUUUUGGUUGGUUUUAACAUACUAGCUGACAAAAUAACUUGGAAUGAACUUUGUCGGGACCUAUGCAAUAUAGAUCUACAAUAUCUCGAGAAAAAUAUAAUGAAAUCUUUUGUUUCUGAUAUUAAAUUUUACAAAUCAUAUUUACACAAAUUGAUAUUUAUAUGUAUUAUCUCAGAUUAUUAAUCUGCCCACCGUUUUAUUUGAUUUGCGGGGUGAAAUUUUUUGGAAUAGAUACAUAUUGAAUAGAAGGUUACAAUGGCUAGGUCACUUAGAACGAAUGGACUAAGACAGACUCAUGAAAUAAGUUGCAUGGAAGAUACCAGAGGGUAAGAGGAAAAGAGCUAGACCAAAAAAAUGGUGGAGGGAAGUAGUGGAAUAAGACCUUAAAGAAAAAAAUAUCCAGAGCUGGAGGGAAAAAGGAAGGGACGAAAGAAGUGAAGGAGAACCUAAAUGCUCUGCAGAUAAGCCUAUAUAUAAAAACAUAUUGAAUGCUUUCAAAAUUUAUAUAUUUAGUGAACCUUCGUCAUAAAUAGUUUUUAAUCGUUUUUUUUUGUUUUAUUGUUUUUCUUCAAAUAUUUUUGUAACUUUUCUGGAAAUACUGCCUAACGCCCUUUUAUUUGGCUACGUGAUAUACGGUGGGCCAGAAUAAAUUUUAUCAAAACUUAUUAAAAACCAUUGUAUGUAUAAAGAAAUUGUCAUUUAUUUUUUAUAAUUUGAGCACUAGUACCUAAAGUUUUCAUUCACUUUUUUUUCGGCAAUAAAACAGUAGAUACGCACCCAUUCUUCAUACACUGAGUAAACUGAUUUCCAGCUUUGCCUUGAUUUCUUACUUGACGUUGGUCUCCAAUCUUGUAGGACGAUUCACAUUCUCGGGAUUUCAAAGAACUCAUGCCACUCCAAAACGUUCCUAAUUGAGAUAAGAUGCGAUUGGAAAACAGAUAUCAAUGCUCUUCCAAAGAUUCCAUUCCAUACUUGCCUGCACAUUGUGACUUUAGGAGAAUACAAAGACAGUUUCUCGAUGAUUGGUGGCACUUUAUUUAAGUAUUUUUUUUAACGUCCCACAGAAAUGAAAAUGAAUUUCAUCAUUACAACAACAAAUAGAUUUCAACGCAUGAUGUCAGGAAAAAGUUUGUCUUCCAGCAUCUCAAACUAAUCCACUAGCGCUCUGCUAUGGUGUCAAUCUACUCAAUUUUUGAAAAUGGACUCAUGCUGUUGUAACCUGUAUAAGGAUAUUGAUACAACUAUUUCACUAAAAACAUGAAAUAUUUUUUUUAAAUUAAUCAGAAAGUAAGUGUUAUUUUUUGAAAGAUCUGCUUUUUGAAUUGGCAUCUUUAUAUUUACCAUUGUACAGUUGCAUAAUUUUUUAUUAUAUUGAAUUUAUCCAUUUUUUACAGUGAAAAUAUAAUUUAUCUCCUUUUAUUAUGAGGUACAUAGUUUUGGGAUUCUAUUUGAUAUUGUUUUUUGUCCUGAAGUAUAAGAUUUGAAUUAAUAUUUCUAUUAUUAAAAUAUUUUUUGUUUUUAAAGUAACAAAAUUUCUAAUACUUUAUAGUUUUUUAUUAUAAUUUUUUGUACACAUUUCAAUAAAAUCUUUGUUACCUAUUAUAUUAUGAUAUUAAAAAACAAAAACGUGUACAGCAUUGUAACGGAUAGUGUUUUUAGAUACGUGAGUUAUCGUUUAUUUAUUGCUUUAAAUUUUUUACAAUUUUAUUGUUAAACUUUAUUAAAAAAAAAUAAAAUGAAGUGAAAAAA